AUGGAGUCACACCGAGGUUCCGACUUCACUGCAAUCCAGACGCUCCACGACUACCUCCUCCGAGUGGAGGCCCAACUCGUGGUCGUCGGGGGCCCGGGCACUGCCGCCGUCAGAACCCUGCGCGAUGAGCUCCUGACCGCGCGGCAGGCCUGCGUGGGGCGGGCGGUUUUCGGGGACCAAUACAGGUCUCAGGGAGCCAUUUCCAAGCAAGGGCUGGGCAAGGUUAACUUCACGAAGAUCAUGUGUAUCUUCACGGUCUUCGCCAUCAUGAGUUCCAAGCAGCUCGCCAAGGCCGGGCCUGCGAUCAAGAAGAGCGUGGCGAAGUGCAGAGCGAGGGGGUCUUCAUGUGACGCGAGCCCGGCGAAGGGCUCACUGGACAAGAAGCCGGACAAGACGCCAGUCAAUGUCAUGCGUCGCGCCACCCAGAUUUGGGGCGCGGAGGAGGAUGACGUCGCCAAGAAGGACGACUGA